GUGACAUCGAUUGCCACAGUCGAUAGUAUCGAAAAAAAAAGCCGAUCUAAUGUUGUUUAUAAAUAAAUAGAAAUUAUUUACAAAUAAGUAUAUAAAAUUAUAGCCCACAGUUCGGCAAUUCAACAAUAUGUUUGUGCUUUUUGUUUAUUCGAUAAGCUAUUAAUAGUGCCGGCUGAAGCAUUUAAAAUAACGUAGAUUGUGCCAUCAGUGGACUCCUGACAAUGCUGAGCGAGGACCAGGAAUCGUCGGAGGAAGCAGAAGGACCAUGCACUGUUUGGAGAUACCGUUGUAGCGUGGCCAGAUGUCCUUAUAGGACCAACAGACCCUACAACCUGACGCGUCACGGAGAGUCCCACGUGAAACCAAAAGAAUCCAAACAGUACGGCUGUCCAGUUUGUGUCUACAGCACCGAAAAGUCAUCCAAUUUAAAGCGGCACUUGUCCGUCAAGCAUCCCGGGACCAAGGAACGACUGCCGGAAACCCCGCCCCUGGAUCGCAAUGUCAAGAUACAGUGCCAGGUGAUGGGCUGCAAAUAUGAAACCAAUCGCCCCUUUGACCUCAAGCGCCACUUGUCGGUGCACAACAAUCCGGAGAAAAGCAACAAGACCUUCAAGUGCUCCUUAUGCACUUACAGUUCCGAUAGGAAAGCCAAUCUUAAGCGACACCACGAACUGCGGCACUCGGGCAUUGAGGAGGCCAUUCAAACCGCUGAGGAGCUGCGCGACGAGUUGCACUUUGAGGCAGAGAUGUUGGAGAAGCAAAAACUUAAGGCUAAAAAGUGUGAGCAGCAAAAUGUUAUCGUUCAGAAUUUAAAGUACCACAGGGAGCAAAAACUGAAGCAUCAGAUGCUGGAGAAGCAGAAGCAAAAAGAGCAGUUAAUGGAGGAACAGAUGCUAGAAGUCCAGAUUCUGGACGAGAACAUAGAGCGCGAAGACAUUAAUUUGCUGCCAAAAGUUAACAGAUCACCUGCGCUGCCCAAACCAAAAGAAAACUUGCUUAUAAGUUUAAUGAAAGAAAUCGAUGAUGAAGAACAGGGAGACAUUAAGCUAGAGUUUGUGUACAAUCAACUGAAGGAAGAGAAGAUCCCAAUUAUCACAAUUUGCAAACCGCAAUUACUUCAUGGAGACAUCAGCAAUAAGCAACUUAUUGCAGUCAAUAUGGAUGGACAGUUGCGUUGGUUUCAAUCUAUAGAUCCACCUCCAGGUGCUCCGACGAAACUGAAAUGUGCCGUGGAAAAGCAGACAGUUUCCUCCCAACAGCAAAUGGACGAAUUGGAUAAUGAGUUGGCAUUAUCCCUAGCAGAGCACGAUCAGCAAGAGGAUUUUCUCGUCGAAAUGCUGUCUGAAGAAAAGCAAGUCGAAAAGCCUCCCACUCCGUUUGAUCUAGCUUGGAGUUGGAGUACACCGGAUGCUGUACAUCACAUUACUCCCAACAUUGAAGACAUAGAGCAACAUGAAUAUGUGGAUGCGGAUUUUCCCGAUUGGUGGGAUGAUGGCAAAUACACAAAAAUGCAGAAGAACCAAAUAUUUCGGGAUCAACCAAAUAAGCCCUCGCAUGCAAAUGUGCAGCGCAUUUUGCGUAUAAUUUACGAUGUUUAUUACAAACCUUUUAAGGAAGAUCGCAAGCAGUUCGAGGCGUUCCAAAUCAAAGACUCCUGGCUGUGCGCCACUCGGAUGACUCGGAUGCAGAUAAUCAAGGACAUGUACUCUAAGCAGGGCACAUAAAAUCAAAGUAUAUAAAAUUUAUUUCGAAAGUAUACUUUUUGAAUUAGUUUGUACAUUGCCGACAAAUCCUGUAUCAUCAGCUGGGAAAUAGAAGGAUAUGCAACUAUUUAAGCAUUCAAUAUUAUCUUUGUAUAUUAAGCACAAAAAUGAAGUAUAAGUUUAAUAUUUAAAAAUCGUUUUGAUAACAUAAGAGUAGGUAAUAAAUAUCAAAACAAAUGGUUCUGUUUAAAUAUUUCGAAUCAUAA